CGCCGUCUCUACUUCCUUAACAUAAUAACUGACUCAUCGCAGUCUUGGAAAUGCCUCCUCACUUUUCACAUCUCCCCUCUUUUCCAUUGCGCUCUCUCUCUGCCUCCAACACUCCCGCCCCCCCUCCUCCUCCUCGCUACUCUCUCCUGCGCAGCCGACGCGCUUUCGUCUCCAGAACCUCGUCUCCACAAGCAUGUCCUCAGACAUGCAGCCACCGUGGCAUGAAGCGACCCAAAAGACGCCAUCGGGACAGCAUUUGCGCGGUGGCCAUGGCUAUUAACCAUGCGGCUGGAGCCAGAUACGCCCAUCGUUUCCGUCUGUCAGAGAAAAGUCUCUUUGGUGCUACUCGCAGCGCAGGCCCUCUGAAUGUGCCAGCGAAGCACAAGAAAAUCCUGCGGACUGCUUAAUGCUCUCUGUUCCAUCCGAGUUGUACGUGGCAACAAAGAAACCAAAUGCCAUGGAUGUCUUUAAUUUUACAUCCUGGAAUGCCUCUGAAGGCAAUGAGACAGAAGUCGUGGAAGAGAGAGACAGUCCUUACAAGACCGUGGAGGUAGUGUUCAUCGUGCUGGUGGCUGGUUCCCUGAGUUUGGUCACCAUUAUCGGCAAUAUCCUGGUCAUGCUUUCCAUCAAAGUGAACAGGAACCUACAAACUGUCAACAACUAUUUUUUAUUUAGCCUUGCAUGUGCUGACCUAAUUAUUGGACUGUGCUCUAUGAACUUGUACACAGUAUAUAUAGUAAUAGGCUACUGGCCACUGGGGCCAGUCGUGUGCGACUUGUGGUUGGCUUUGGACUAUGUUGUCAGUAAUGCUUCUGUCAUGAAUCUCCUCAUAAUAAGCUUCGACAGAUACUUCUGUGUCACCAAGCCCCUGAGCUACCCUGUAAAGAGAACCACCAAAAUGGCAGGAAUGAUGAUUGCUGCUGCCUGGGUCCUUUCUUUCAUCCUCUGGGCACCUGCUAUCCUCUUCUGGCAGUUCAUUGUUGGUGGGCGGACUGUGCCUGAGAAAGAGUGCUACAUUCAGUUCUUUUCCAAUGCCGCUGUUACUUUUGGAACUGCCAUUGCCGCCUUUUACCUGCCUGUCAUUAUCAUGAUUCAGCUGUACUGGCAAAUCUCGCGAGCGAGCAAAAGUCGAGUGAAGAAGGACAACCGCAAGCCAUCAGGAUCAAACCCAGAACCUUUGUUACCGGGCCAGAGGAGAGAGAGCACUCCAAAACCCAACAACAACAAUGUUCCUGGGGAAGAUGGAGCGCAUUCCCAGAACCAGAGUGCAGAUGAUGGAGCCAACCAGCAUGAUGGAAAACUGCAGAAUGGAAAAGGGCCUUCAUCAUCUACUGCCGACGUAGAAAUGGAGGGUGACAGUGUUGCAAAGGAGAACUGUGCUCCUGCAGAAGAGAAGGACAGCUCAAAUGACUCCACAUCCGGCAGUGUGGCGGCUUCCAACCAGAAGGAUGAAGAACCAGUCGCCUCUGCAGUAAACUCCUGUUCUGAGGCUACACAGCAGCUUCCACGGCAACGAGCCAAAGCUGGGGGCUCCAAACUGACCUGCAUCAAGAUCAAGACAAAGUCCCCAAAGGGUGACUACUACACACCAUCAAAUGCCACAGUUGAGAUUGUGCCAACCACAGAACGUCAGAACCACGUGGCGAGGAAGAUCGUGAAGAUGACGAAGCAACCACCAAACAAGAAGAAGAAAGGAGCCCCGUCGCGGGAGAAAAAAGUUACCCGCACGAUAAUGGCCAUCCUGGUGGCUUUCGUAGCUACCUGGACUCCAUAUAACGUGAUGGUGCUCAUUAAUACUUUUUGUUCCAGUUGCAUUCCCAACACUGUUUGGACUAUUGGUUACUGGCUGUGCUACAUCAACAGCACCAUCAAUCCAGCCUGCUAUGCUCUGUGUAAUGUCACGUUCAAAAAGACAUUCAAACAUCUCCUCCUCUGCCAAUACAGAAACAUUCGAUCAGCCAGAUAAAUACAAGCCCCCACUGGAGGAAGCACUGAAAUGUGUAUAUGUCGUACGUAUGGGUGUUGCGUGUUAUCCAUGUAUACAUGUUUAUGUGAAAAAUGUGUGAGAAUGAGACAAGAACGUUUCAAAAUCACUUUCUACCAUUUCAUCAUUCGUUUUCCUAUUUCUCUCAAUAAGCUGUUGUAGCACUUUACUCUUAUUCAACUGAAUUCAGUUGCUGUCACUUGUGUUGUGCAGGAGCAAUGUAUAAAACGAGGGUUGUAAAAACGUAUUUAGAUUUGAAACCUUGAAAAAAAGAUCAGCUAACAUAAGGAGUGUAACAGAGAGGGGUGCUGAGCUGAUUGAAAAGAAAGCAGGCUAAAAGGCAGAAGACGAUCUGUGCCGUAUGGAAAACGCUUCAAAAUGGGAAAAUAGGGCUGACUGAAUUUUCAAACCUUUCCAGUUUGAAAUUCAGUAAAGAUAUUUGUAGAUAUCUGUAUAUAAAUGGUGUAUAUUCUAUUUCUGCGUGCACAUGUGGGUGUGUGCUAGCUUAGUGUCUGUGUUCACACCCACUUGUGCUUCUUUGCUUGCCUUCUUUCGAUGUGUGAUCAUCCUCAUCACAGCUCUUCCUACCAGCAAUAUAUAGAAAACUGAGUGUUUUGUUUAGGUUUUCACUGACAGGUUCUCAUCCUGAUUGGUAGUCAUCCAAUUUAACAAAAGGCCUCAGUAAAAAUCAAUAGGCAAAACUUCAUGAAAUAUUAAUGCAAUAAAGUUCCACUUGUCAAAUUUGCACACAAAAGAGAAGAACUGAAUUUAUUGCUUCAAAUAGCUAUUGUGAUUUCAGAAUAGCUGAAAAUAAGUCUAUUUCACUUCAACAUUUAAUCAAUAUUGUUCACAUUUGUGAGGUGUUUGGAAGAUUACUAUACAAAGUUCUAUAUAAGUCUCCUAACUUUGAUCUCAUUUUCGUUGUUAAAAUGACACUAAGCAUUUUGCCACAUUAAAUGGACAUCUUGAGAAUUGUGGGUGGUACAAAAACAUCAAAUUUUAUGGUUUCAAAACCACUUUCUGAUGAUGGUUCAAGACAAUCAACAUUAGGGAUGCAGCAAGAAAUCAGCCAGUGACUGAAAUUUGAACAUUUUUUCAUUUGACCGCUGUUCAAAUCCCAUCCCUGGGGCAAGGAGCCCAGCAUGUUAGAAAUGCUCUAACACAGCAAAAUCACAUGGCUAGAUGACCUUCUUAGCAUGAUAUCAGGUUCUGUAUUGGUCCAGUAAUGACCCAAUUGGUUCAAUCACAUGUUGAAGUAGGAAAACAUCUAAAAGAUGCAACACUGCUGGAGCUAAACGACUGGAAAUGGCCAAUCUGCCCUAAAGGUUAUCUGGGAUGUUAUCUCUAGAUGGGCACAGCAUGCACACCUGUAAAAUAUGCCAUUUGUAAAGUGAAGUCCCGAAUUUCUGUAUCCUACUGAAAAUGUGUGAACUGUGGAUAAAAACAUAUGAAGUUCUUAUUUGCAUGAUCCGCCAUUUAGGGCAUACUCAACCAAAUCUCACAAUUUGGACCUAUCAAAUUAAGUAUAGUGAGGAUUAUAGUAAGAGAUUAUGAUUAUGUUACCGCCUCAUCAUAUUUCCUGCAAAGAAUCUAGCUAAUACAACUUGUCAUGUACUAUUAAAGUGAAAGUCAAAGUGAAUAAAUGAAAACAUAUUGACCAGACAACCGAAGAGGGAAAAAAAUAAUAUUUAUAUACGGCAUGAAAUCGUUCAGUCGCACUUUUUCAUUUGCCGCAGUCCUCGUCACUUCAGCUUUUACUGCUGACAGGAUGUCAGGUGUUGAUUUUUAUGGCAGCUAUUAAGAUAUUUAUGUUUGCUGUCAGGUUACUAAGAACUCAGUGAGUCAAACAGGAGGUAGGAGCUCAGAGCUGUCCUGUAUUAGGGUCUGUGGGAGGGCAUUUUGUGGUGUGUGAUGUGUGUGAGCGUGCAGAGGAGUGGAUAACUUUAUUUGAUCUUUCUGAUUCAUUGAUGGACGUCGCAGCACGUAUCGCAAGGAUGAAAUUCGUGAACUUCUGGAUGCGUGUGGGUAAACCUGCUGAUGUAUGCUUGUGUGCUCCAAGUGUGGAGUUUACUUCUGAUCACAGGCCUCAGCCUCGUGAUUUCAAAAAGGGCUAUUUUUACGUCUCCAUACGCUUGUUGCGACUCCUCUCCAUUUGAUCUCGUAACUGAUUCCGAGUCAUUGUAGUUAAAUUAAAAGUGAUAAGUUGCUGUGUUUACUUUAGCGCCAGAAGAAAUGAGCAAAAUAUCAAUUUACCAAGAGGCAUGUUCCGUGUUUUCAUGCAUGUCAUCCAUCACUUCAGCCUAUUAGACCAUUCUCAGUUACAGUAAUGCGGCUUGCUCAUUGGAGUGAUGAAUAUGCAGCAGCGUUUGCCAUCAGGAGGUUGCCACAGUGGCUGGUAGGGGGGCUUUGCUGAGAUUUACGCCUGCACCGGAUAGCUCCUUGAGGCUGUCGGCUUUAAAGAGAGAUCUGGGACAGAUCCUAUAAUGAAAACUCACCAUGAGGCUGAUCAGAUUACGGGCCGAUGUGGAACACCUACAUUUUAGAUUAAAGGCUGCCCAUUACACGCUCAGCUUGUGGUUGCAUGCUGCAAUCCAAUGCCCCACUUAUAGCAUGGUUCUUCUCAGACAUUAUCUUUGUAUGGUCUCUAAUUUCCAUAAGGUCAUGAGUGUAACAUAAAUAUCACAUGUACAAUUGUGUUGAGCACCCUGUUACUUGUUAAUGCUUUGCCCCUAAAAAUCCCUCUCCCAGCUGGAUAACACUAGAAAUACUAUUUCUAGAGUAAGUGUUUAGUCUGAGCUUUUCAUUGAGGUUCAGUCCAUUUAUAUUUUCAAGUCAACUCCAGUAUAUUGCGUGGUAUAAUAAAUAUUACGCUUUAGUUUUUGUUACUUCUGUCACAUUACAACCACAAACUGUUGUUUAAGAGGAGAAUGUAUGUUUUGAACAUCAAGAGAAAUGGCUACCCAUUGUUCUAUGAAAAAUAGAACAAAAUAAAACAUUUAAGCGUAAUCAGACUGAAUGGAGAGCAACAUGGAGAACAUCAAUUUCCAAGUCUCGCUUCAGAUUCUCAGUUAGAUUUUGCUCUGGUCGUGACUCGACUACUCAAACACAUGAACAUGCUUUGAUCCAACUCAUUCUGAACUCCUGACUGCAUGUUUAGGGUCAUUGUGCUGCUGAAAGGCGACCCUCUGAUUCAGCGGCUAGUUGGUUGCGACCUGAAGUAGGUUUACUCUGUAUUUAGCUCCGUCCACCUUCCUGUCAACUCUGACUAUCUUAAACAGCUCUGCUUGGCCUUAUCUAACUAGAGCACCUUCCUCCAUAUUUGCUGUGUCCCCUGCAUGGCUUAUGGCACACUGCAGAUAGUCACUUGUUAUGAUGUUCUUAUAAAAGGCCAGAUGAGUGAAGUGUAGGUAUAGUUGUGCUAUAAAAAGGAUUUCCUCACUGCUGCGGCUCCUCGUGAAAUACCACUGGGCUUUUGACUGUAAACAUUUCAAAUUUACACACAGGUGGACUUUUUUUUUUUUUUUUUUUUACUAAUUGAGUGAACUCUAAAAAUGAUUUUAUUCGACUAAUUUUAUUAUUUAUUUGACAAAAAUUCAUAUCCAUAUAAAUUUUGUUCAAAUAAAUAAAUAGAAGUUUGUGGUUGUAAUCUGACAAAAUGUGAAAAAUUACGUAUAAUGUCAUAUAAGAGAAUGAGAGGAUUAUUUUAGCUUUAUGCAUCAAGAUGAAUGAAAGGGGUCGGAGAGGGAAUUAUUUUGUCUUUUUCUUUUACAAAUUUUAUAUUUCCGUUUGCCUCCACUGUUUCAAAAAUAUCUAUAGUGAUGUUGACGAAUUACACACAAGUGUAUUGUCAGUCUUACUGAUCUUGGGAAGAAGAUGGCUUGAUUUCAACUGAGUAUAACUGAGUUACUUCUUCCUUGGAAAACAUAGAACGGAGCAACUUUGCUAGAUUGUUAAUUACUGACUGAGAAAGUGACUCAUUAGUUUCAAAACCAUGAUUAUUGGUUAUUCAAGUGGAUGGAAAGGAGAUGUUAAAUAAAUUCCCCUGUGAAUUUACAUCCUUCACAUGGAGGAGUGGAGCUCUGUCUUUCUGUCUGUCAUCUGUCACACAUCCAAAUAGAGACUAAAAAGCUUUCCGAAAACAUUCGAUUAAUCUCAGCCUAGCUGUUGCUUGACAGAUACCAGCAGGAGAGUAAGUGGUGGUCGGAGGGUCUCGGUCUGAGGGACGCGUGAUGAAAAGCGAUGGCAUUUUAUCACUUCCUGCGACGGUGUAAGGGGGCCAGGCUGCAUCAAAAAAAAUAGCAAUGCUCACAGCAGGGACUGACACUCUUGUAAACUAUUUUGUUCACUUUGUGGUGAAGGUGAAGACAAAGAGGUCUUGUGUCGAACUGACUUUGAAAGACGUGCUCUGAUGGCAAAAGAUGAGAGUAGAUGUUUGGCGAUGAUAAAAAUGACUCCCAUCCAUGCAAAGGAGAAACUAUGUUUAUAACAUUUUGUUGUAUUAUAAGUACAAACUGUAAUAUAUUUUAUUACUGUUUGGGGGCCAACGAACACAAAGUAGUGCUUAGCUGAAUUGGAAGACAUGGCGGUACGUUUGGGGUUUUGUUACUUAUAAAGGGCAAAUGUCCAAACAGGUUUUCUUCCAGGAUGUCCUGUGGACCCUUGAAUCAGAGUUCAGUUGGCAAAUUCACCAAUUUGCAGAUUUGUCUGUGGAACUCUAAAUGAUCUGUGGAUCUUUUCAUAGAACAUAUCCAAGAUGAUCAGGAUAAAAAGUAAAGAGCCAAAUUUAGGUGCAACUGACAUUUGCAAAGCAGCCAAUCCAGAAGAGGCAGUUAUUUUCCUGGGUGCAGAUUGGCUGUUCCCCUGCCUGUGUACCAAAUUACACACAAACAGACUCUUUUGAUGAAUUAGGUGACUUCUCAAUGUAAUGGGUUAGAUUUUUGUUCAGAGAUAGUUGAUAAAAUAGAUAUGUUGAUUACAAUUUUUGGAAUUUUAUUUUGCUAAAAAAAUCCAAAAUCCUUUGUAUGUUUUCUUUUACUUCAGUUAUGAACUACAUUGUGCUGGUCUACCACAUAAAAUCCUAGUAAAGUGAAACAAAGUACACAGGAGACCGGAGUUAUGAAAUGACAAAUUGUGAAAAUGGGAUGUGAAUACUUUUGCAAGGCACAGAUGAGCAGGAAAUGUGUAGAGAAGUGCAGUUUGUCAGAAACUUUUUCCAACUCUAAAGGCAAGUGGACCAUGUUUGGAGAAGCCUUAGCUCCGCCUUUGGAGGGGUCAGCCAAGAAUUUUAAUGUUCCAGGCAAAUUCUUCCAUCUGGCGUAUGUUACACAGUUGUUUACCGUCCCUCAUGCUCUUUUUACUGAGGCUCCUGCAAACAGAAUUUCCUUUUUUGUGGUUUUAUGGUCACAAGCUUCGCAUUUUAUGAUUCCAUAAAAAUGUCCAUAUAUUCGUUUGUCUGUCAAAUAGUACUGAAAUAAACAUAGUGUGUGUAGUCAUCAGAUCAUAAUGUGCCGUGAGAGCUAGCUGGGCUCCUGUUCGUACGGCUUAUGUCAAAGGGCUACUGCACCCCUUUUACGGAGAACCUGUGACACUAGCGUUAAUCAGAGACAACUUUCUCUGGCUUUUGUUCUAGAAGAAGUGGGUGUUGCUGAGAAUAUCCUCAACAAUCUUGGAUAGAGAAGCACUUUCUCCAAAUUUGGAGAUUUCUUUUUUUUUUUUUUAACGUUUAACAAUGGUAUAUCGCCGGAUUGUACAGAGCAAUUUCAAGUGCCUUAUCAAGAGUGACAAGAAUAAAUUGCUCCUUUUAUCUUCCAAUUGUUGUGGCAUUUUUUAGUGUGAGUUUGCUGAGACGUUUGCUGAGCAUUUAGGAAAAAUCAAAUCCAGUCUUCCUGAAUAUAACCUAAAGAGUUGUUUUCUUUUUUCCUGUUCCAGCUCUGAGCUCCUAUUAUUUAGUGUUAAUUUAAGUCAAUGCUGAGGAAAUGAAAAGAUGAAACUGAACUAGAAUAAUAAUCGCAAUGGAUUUAGAUUUAUCAUCAUUAAAACUAUAAAGAGUCAUGGGGGUGAAGAAUAUCAGUAAUAUACUGGGCUGGUUUGGUCGUGUUCACAAGGGGUGCACUUGAAAAUGUGCAGGUUAGUCGGGUUGUGUGUGUGUGUGUGUGUGUGUGUGUGUGUGUGUGUGUGUGCGUGUGUGUGUGUGUGUGUGUGUGUGUGUGUGUGCGUGUGUGUGCGUGUGUGUGUGUGUGUCAUCAUUACAGAUCCCUUUGAGAUGUUUGUGGUUGGGUGUGAAAAUUGUUUGCUGUAAAAUAUUUUUAGAUUUCUUCAGUUUUGGUCAUUUUUUCAUAAAUGGCACCCUCUGUAUGAAAACAUCAGAUUGGAUAAAAUAAGACACAAAUCAAGAAAGAUCUCCAAUUUGUCCUCAUUCUUUUCCGCUGUAAAAUAAUGUCGCAGUAGUAAAAAAGCUUCCAAAGACUCAGUUUUCUGUGCUACAUGUAGUUACACAAUAUUGUACAUUUUCUAUCACAUUUUGUAAAUCUGCGACUUUUAUCAUUGUAUAGAGUGGAAUUGUAGUAUUGAAAAUAUAUCUGUGUACAACCCGUUUGUUGCUUCUGUUUUUUUUUAGAGAAUGUUAUUUUGAAUUUAUGAAUAUUGUGAAAUAUGAACGAUAUAAAGACAGAGGGUAUAAUUACAUGUGCAUUUCUAGAGUUUCAUGACUUGCAAAGAAAAAAAACAAAAACAUUCUUGCUGUGCAAUAUGAAAACUGUACCGUAACUUUUCCACAUGUGAGCGCAGGAGUCCAGGGGAUUUGAAGAAUGAUUUCUGCAGUCAGAAAAGAAGUGUGAGAGCGAGAGAAAACCCUGGAGGAUGACAGAAGCUAAAACUAGUUUCAGUGUGGCUGAAAAGCCCAGAGGCGAUGGCUUUCAUUUUGAUUUUCACCUGUAAAUUUAUGAGUCUUCACCCUCACCCUGGGAAGAAGCCGGUUCACUCAAUGGACACACUAUAUAACUUUUUGCAAUUUCACAACCUUUUUUUUUUCCAUAAGUGGUUGUGUGCCCUGGUCUGAACUUCAAGGGGGAGGGGGUGACAGAACCCACCUGCGUUUCAAAUAAAACUUAUCAAAUAAAUCCAUAGCCUGCUGCAGAUGCUCAGCACACAUUCAAGUGUUAAUUUUACAUUUUUCUUACAUAUUUGGAUGUUCAUUGUGUAUUCAAUCACUGUGGCUUGUGGCUUCUAUUGCAAUAGGAAAAAAUAAUUCAGCAGUUUGUAGUCUGCCUUGUAUAUAUAUAUAUCUUUAUGACAGUACAUUAUAUGUAACUCUGAUGCGGUACAUUUUAUAUGUACAUACACGUGGUAUAGCUACUAUCUGAAUGUCCCCCUCCCCUCCGCUAUUAAUACUUUCUGUACAGUAACAUUGGUAUUGAUUUCUGUUUUAAUGCAUUCUUGAUUAUUUGUUCUGAACAAUGAAUCUGGAGUGUUUUUAAUCACUCGCCACCUAUAAAACUGUAAGAUGAACUGCAUUAAGUGGUUACAUUGUAUAAUAACCUCUUCAAAUAAAAUUGACAUUAAAAUAUU